GGCGUACGCGGUUGUGUAGCCCGGUGCUCGGGUGCUAGGGAACUGGGCAGAGAGGGUGAGAGGUUACCGCCGAGGGCUGGGCAGGGUUGGAGAGUUGUCUGGCAUUUGGAUGGGCGUAGGCUGCCGGCGGGGAGAGACGGAGCCCGGGAAGCCAGAGGCCGGAGAGUGACAGCCCCCCUUGCCGGGGUGGAAGAGAUCCGGGCAGCAUGGUGGAAUACAUUGUGGAAUAUGACUACGAUGCUGUAAAUGAGGACGAGUUGACGAUACGAGUAGGAGACGUCAUCAAGAACGUUAACAAGCUGGAAGAGGAUGGCUGGCUGGAGGGUGAAGUCAAUGGUAAAAGAGGCGCCUUCCCUGAUAAUUUUGUAAAGGAAGUAAAAAAAGAUCCAGAACCAAAAGAAGAGAAUGUAUCAAAUAAAAGGGAGAAAUCUGGAAAUGUUGCCAGCCUGGUGCAGCGGAUGAGCGUGUAUGGAAUCCCUGGGAUGGGGCCUCCACCGCAGCCCAAAUCCAUCAAAAAAAAAUCCAAAAAGCGCCAGUGCAAGGUCCUGUAUGAGUACAUCCCGCAGAACGAAGAUGAACUGGAGCUGAAAGUGGGGGAAGUCCUGGAUAUCAUUGAGGAGGUAGAAGAAGGCUGGUGGAGUGGAAGCAACAGCGGCAAAUCCGGCCUCUUUCCUUCCAACUUUGUAAAAGAAAUUGAUCUGUCGGACGAUGGAGAGAGUCAGGAGAGCACUGAAGAUUCAGAGCCAUCUGUCACAACUCCUAUAGCAACGCCGGCCUCCCCUGUACUGUCCCCAGCGAAUGGACCUGAUGCCUCCCCAUUAGCCACGGCACAGCCAAAGAAGGUCAUGGGAGUCGGCUUUGGGGACAUUUUCAAAGAAGGCUCUGUGAAACUCAAGACUAGACUGCCAGCUCCUGAGCCAGAAGUGAAAAAGCCCGAAAAGCCAUUACCAGUUCAGCCAUCAGGUACCAAGGUUCUGCGCUCAACAAGCUCUGAUGCUUCAAGAACAGAGACGGACAGUAAACCCAAAGCCAAGGAGAUCUGCAAGGCGCUGUUUAACUAUGAGUCUGUGAACGAGGAUGAACUUUCAUUUAAGGAAGGAGAUAUUAUUCACCUGACUAGUAAAGAGACUGGUGACCCAGGCUGGUGGAAAGGAGAACUGAACGGCAAGGAAGGAGUUUUCCCCGACAACUUUGUUGCAAUAAUACAAGAUUCUGAAAAAGAGAAGCCAAAGAAGCCACCACCUCCUAUUAAAAGCCCAGCACCAAAGCCAGAACUUCGCAUUGCAGAGAAAAAGUCAACUCCAACGAAGACAGAAGAGAAAGAUGAAAAGCCAUUGGUGGACCUCAAGCCCCCCAAACCUGCAGCUCCUCAGGUACCUCCGAAGAAACCAAAUCUUACAAGCAAGAGUAAUAGUAUCCUAAAACCCGCGGUAAUCCCGCCCAAGCGUCCGGAAAAGCCAGCGUUUGCCUCACCAACCUCCAAGCCUAAUGGGGAUUUACUGCUAAAUCGCGCUAAGCCAGAAUCAGAGACUUUUAAUAAAGCAAAGACAGAGCCGGACCCACAGGUUCCAAGUCGACCAAAACCAGCAGAAGCAGAACCACAUAAUAAAACAAAAACUGACCUCGAGCAGAUUCUAAGCCGACCCAAAUCAGAAGUGGAACCGCAUAAUAAAACAAAAACUGAUCUGGAGCAGAUUCUGAACAGGCCAAAGUCAGAGGCAGAACCUCUUAAUAAAACAAAGAUGGAUCUAGAGCAGAUCCUGAGCAGACCAAAAUCCAACGGGGAACAUCAUAACAAAACAAAGAUGGACCUGGAACAUAUUCUGAGCAGACCAAAGUCAGUGGAAGUAGAGCCAGCGGCUAAAAGUCCCAGAGAUGAGGUGGACUUUUUUGGUGAUGUGAUACCUACCUCAAACCAUUUAUCCCACCCGACUGCAAGCAGGCCAAAGAUGCAAGGGAAGAGACCGCCCGGUCGAUUCAAUGGUUCCACUGCUCAAAGCAAAGAUGUAACAGAUUCUGUCAAAGUGCUUAAAGAAGAGGAGGAGGAAAGUGCCAAAGUAAAGACUCCUGAAGUAAAGAAGCCAUUGGUUUCCAGCCCUGGUCCAUUUGCACUCUCGGUUUCACCCCUUGUGCCACUCCCUGUGUCAAAACCAGCCCCCAGCCCUCAGGUCCCAUUACCUGCUGAGGUGAAAGUGAAAUCAGAUGUGACUGACAGUAAGAAGAGCGAAAAGAGUGAAAUGGAAGAACUUAAAGCCCAAAUCGGGGAACUGCUCAGCAUCGUGGAUGCACUUAGGAAAGAACAUAGGAAAGAGAUGGAUCACCUAAAGAAAGAGCUGGAAGAGGAGCGAUUGUUACGGACCAGUUUAGAGACUGAGGUUGACAAGCUGAAGAAGGCAGUCCAGUUAACAUGAGGCGGCCAUUUUGUUAAUGGCACCAGUCCAGAUUAAAGUCCACGUCAGAUAUUUAAUGCUGUCUCCUCUUUUCCUCGAGUUCAUGGAAGCAUGGUCCAACGAUCCUCUGGCGCUUUCCUCUCGUUGCUUUGCCAAUGGAAUUAAAGAGGCCUUAUCUCCUUACUGUGCUGGAGUGGCAGACCCUCGGACAACGGUUUGCUUCAAGAUACUACUGAGUUUAUGUACAAAGCGGGGAUUCUGUACGAAUUUUAUUGAAAACUUAUGUAAUUUUUUUUUUUUUUUUAAAUGCUCUGAAUACGGUGAUAUAUAUAUAUCUUUAGAUAUAAUCUGUAAUAUAGCCUAACGGGGGGAUACGAUAGCCUUAGAUUAAUAACCACUCGUCACGGGAAGCAAAAACGAUCAUGUUCUUUUGUAUAUUUUAGACUUCUUAUCCAGGGUUACACACUGCUGUGCCUGUCUGCGGCCCAAGUAUUAAUUGCAUUGUGUAUAAUUAGAUUUCUAUCGGCCGGUUGUUGAUACUGUAUGUAGGAGGCAAUUCCCCUACGCAUAUAAGCGAGAAGAAUGCUACUUUGUGUUUUUAAUGGAGAGCUUGUUACGUCACUUUGCACAAGGAGAACUUCAAGGGAUUUGGGUCAUUGUACUGGAGCUUUGCACUUACACUGGAAUAGGGAGCAGCUUGGAGGGGGGUACUCCUUUCUUAUAACACCACCUAUUUUGGGGGGGACCAACAGACUCCAAAAGGGGGACGGGGACUUCCUUGGGGCAUUGGUGGAAUUAGGGAACAGCCUAAGCAGAUCAGAGGUGUAAUAUUUCCUAUAUUUAUGGGCGUAUUAAUGUGCAUUGGGUACCAAGAGUAGGGGAGGGGUCUUCUUAGCUUGAAAAUGUCCCUUUGUAAAGGGCCGACUCUUAGCAUUCAGCUCUCAAGGAAUGCUGGGAGUUUUAUUUUUUUUAACUGGAUUUAGGGGUGUUGGCCUUAAUACCCUGGGACCCUUCUUCCUGACAUUGGACCCAGAAGCAAAAUCAUUUUCAGUGAGUUCCUUUCUAUUUAAAUUCCUGUACAGGUCGACGAACGCUAGAUUUUUAGCAGGAUGGUGCCCUUUUAUAGGCAAGUAAACCUUGCGCCACCAUAUGUUCUAUACUCUUUUAUUUCUAUAGCUUAAAAGAUAUUGGCUUCUGAACUCUUCCCCCAGUCGUACCUUGCUGAUCAUCAGUGUCCCAGUGAGCCGCUGUAAUGUGGCCAAUACUAAUGAAACUGGGGGCCCUCCUUCUAAGAAACUUGUAGUGCAAACGGGAAGACAGAAUAAAGUUAUCUGAUGAAAGUGUACUACUUUAUCCAGUUACCACUUACCAACCAAUCCCUUGCUGCGAAAGGAGAAGUAUCAUCUGUUAUAACAUGAUCUUUAUCAGAGAGAUUUCCUUAUUGGUUAAAAUGAGGCUCAGGGUUUGAAGAUCACUUGCAGUACCUUUUUCCACCAGUGCUGGCAGUGUUUCCAACAGAACUGUGCCUCGACUAUAGACAAGCUGCAACCCUUGUACAAAGCACCUCCCAGAUGUUCUAGACCCUUUUUACUAAACAGAGUAAAGCCAUACAGAGAGAAAUGGUACCUCCCUUUUAUAUAUAUAUUUUUUAUCCAGUGCAUGUAUGUGACGGCAUCUCCGAUCAGCUUAAGGAUGAUCUAAAACGUUCACGAAUAUAGUCAAAUAUAUUGUAUUCUAGGAUAUUUUUUUACCAGUACGAUUGGAUGCUAUUGGCUGCUCGGAUUAUACCCAAUCAGGAACUGAGCCUCUUGUUUCCAAGAUUCCUCUGCAGAUUCCAUGCUGACCUCUCUAUCAGGCACGGGUGGCCUAAGCUUCUCCAGGAGUUGUAAUACUACAACACUUCACCUCCCAAAGACUCCCGACAGGGUGCUGAGAGUUGAAGUUUGGCAAUAAAUGGCCCAAAGAGCUGCCUGUUCCGUACUGACCAUAUUGCGCGGUGCACCUUGAGCGACAGACUGAGCAGUUCCGGCGCUGGGAAUAGCAAUCUGCAUGUAGGCUUGGGGGCCGGCGAGACAAUCCGUUUCAACUGAACUGUACAGUAUAACAAUGGAAUGGCCUUGGUUUUUUUUUUUUGCAUAGCAAUAAAAUUGAAAAACAAAAGUGCAAUGAGAUGAUUUAACUAGUAAAUUUUUUAUAAGCUGCUAAGGGGAGGGGGGAUUUCUAGCCAUAAAAAAAAUUACACUAAUAUCUUUACUUUGAAAGAUUUAUACGAAAACAUUCCAAGAGCUUCAGAAAUCAGCGCGUUAAAAAUGACUGUUUACAGGUGCUGUUAAAUAAUGCAUGCUUACAGAGCAGUUAAUAAAAUGAUUGAAUUUUCACAAUA